UCGUACUGAGCCAAUCAACCAAUCAGAAUGGGCAAGAGAAAAAAAACACUGCCUAACGGGCUCACUGAUACACACGCCAAAAAAAAAAUAAAAAUAAAAAAAAUAACUGCGUCAGUUAAUCAUCAUCAUCUACUAAGGAACUAGCACAAACACGUGAUUUACGAUUGAACCAGUGCCUCUCAGAAUAAAUCAAAUGAAGACAGAGGAGAAAUAUCAGCUGCCCGUUGACCAGCAAAAGAGCUGCAAACAGAACAAUGGGCUUUUUCAAAGAGUUCCCGCCACGAUAAUGCCUAAUAAGGUAGAGAACCUGCCAUCUAUGGCUAUGACUAGGACACAAACACUCCAGUAUCCAUUAAGCACUUCUCUUCAGUGCUGUGGAGGGAUCCAGAAUUGGGCACAGCACCCCUAUACUGCGUAUUCCUUACCAGGCACUCCGGUCAACUUCCAAAUCAGUACACAGAUCCUCCAUCCAUCAAUUGCCACGGCCAGCACACGCACACCAAGUCCUCCACCAGAAACCUGCGCCCCUGGUGACCUGACUGGCUGCCAGCUGCGUAACCCCACUUCCAGCCUCCCUCAGGGUGUCGCAGGGCCCGGCGCUCACAGCUCCCAGACACUUCUAGAGGAUGCCUUACAGAAGAGGGAGCUGCGCUUGAUGAAGAACAGGGAAGCUGCCCGUGAGUGUCGGCGGAAGAAGAAGGAAUAUGUCAGGUGCCUUGAGAAUCGCGUGGCCGUGCUGGAAAAUCAAAAUAAGACUCUGAUAGAAGAGCUUAGAGCCUUAAAAGACAUCUAUCGUCACAAAGUGGAGUGAUGGGGAAUCGGGAUUGUGUGGACUGUGUCGGUUUGUUUCUGUGGCCCAUCUUGAGGACUCUGUGUACAUAUACACGCACUCCAACGAACACACACCCUUUGUAGUUGCUGAUUAAAUGUGUUUACACGAUGAUGUCAGUGUGUCAGGCUCUGAAUUAUCCAUGCACCAGCAGCAGCUGAAAUAUGCAGCUUGUUUCAGGAGAUAUCAGUGAGUAUUUGUGAGCCAGGCUUCUAGAGGAAGUAGGCCCUGUGUGGAUCAGAAUGUCCAAUAGCGGAGGUUAAACCUGAACGUGUCAGCAAUGGCUUUGCGUUACCUUAACCGCAUUGCGUUUUACAUUCCUUUACAAUAUUAUGAUGUGGGUCUGUUCAAAUACUCCAUUAAUUGGUAGUCUUUAUGAUGGCUUUGUUUGGAGGACUGUUCAGGGAGAAAAAUGCUGCCAGAAGCCAAAUUUUCAAACAUCAGGGUUCAUGUGAUCUUCAGGGCUUCACAAAGUUUGUGGUUUUAUUUUUAAAAUUUUGUUUGAUUUUAGAAGGUCCGAUGCCUCUAACCAGUGGCAUUAUUAUUUAUUUGGGCAUUUUUUGCUGCACAUUGUUCUAUAUUUUUGGGAUAUUGCAGCAUAGUUGAGUGUAUGUUUAGAAAAAAUGUCUGUUUUUGAAGCAUUUGCAUUAACUUGUCGUUUCCUUUUUUUGUUCCCUUUGCAUCUGUAUCUGUGAUUAAAUUUAACACUCUGGUCGUGAGACAGUUGCUCAUUUGUUUUUAAUGACAUAUUAGCUGCUGGAUUCCCGGUGCAUCAUUUCUCCUCUGCAGCACGUUAAGAAUCGUCAGAACCCAUGUGAAGGCCUUUUGGAAUGUUUUCACUUCAAUAAAAUUCUCGUUCAGCC